AUGGAGGCCAAUGAUAUCCUUGGGGAGAAAAAUCUAAUGAACAGGAGAUUGGAGGAAGAUACAGUUAGCGAUAACUUUGCCUACUCGGGGAAAACAAGAAUGGAGCAAGACCAGCGAAAAGAAGACUCUUGGAUCAAGGAGGAUCUACCGCUAACCGGAAGAAAAGAGAUCGCGAUGAAGAAAGUGGGGGCAGGGGUUGUCGGCACUAAAGCGAAGACGUUGUCAGUGGGUGAUGUCCGUUGCGAAUAA